AAUCCUAUAUCAAUGUUCCUAUGACAACGAGGCUAUCGAUGACAUCAAAACCACGGUGGACUUUAGUUCCUUCAGGUGAUCCAGAGGGAGUGACUCUUUCCCUGAACAGCAGAAACGUGUGUAGACAUGGCAAAAUUUUUAUCACAAACUCAGAUUGAUGAGUUCAAAGAAUGUUUCUCGCUUUAUGACAAGAAGCGAAAGGGGAAGAUUGAAGCCAAAGACCUUAUUACAGUCAUGCGCUGUCUGGGUACAAGUCCAACAUAUAAUGAAGUGGACAGACAUCUGCAAAUCCACAAAAUAGAUAAGACAGGGGAGUUGGAUUUUUCUACAUUUCUUACCAUGAUGCACAGACAGAUGCAGCAGGAAGAUCCUAAGACUGAAAUUCUGGAGGCUAUGCGCAUGACGGAUAAACACAAGAAGGGCUACGUUCUGGCCUCUGAACUACGGGCCAAACUCACGGGCUUGGGAGAAAAGCUCACUGAUAAAGAAGUGGAUGAGCUUUUCAAGGAGGCUAAUGUUGGACGUGAUGGAUUUGUUUAUUAUGAGGAGUUCACCAGAAUGGUCACACUUCCUACAGUUGACUACUAGUGAAGAAGAGUGGGUCGGCCCCUUGUCCUGAAUAUUGCAAUUAUUUGCUAGUAAGAACUAUAUAUUUUUGUUCUGUGUAUACAUUGUAUAUAAAAUAACAGUUGAUUAAAUUACAAUAAAGAGCUCAUAUUUUGAUAUACAGCUUGAUUCAAGUGUUCACCACUAGAUGGCAAUCAUGAAAUAAACUAAAUACAUGUGGCAGUA